AAGUUUGUUUACCAGAGUCGGCUUACCACGAGAUCAGUAUGUUACCCUUCCUAAAAUUAAAAAUUUUGGACUGUUUUGCCAGCUGCAAAUGAAGUCAAAGAGGGCGAAGAAUUACAAUUAUAUCAAUCGAUUACAUAAUUCAUAAUCUGUUGAUAAAGGUUUAAAUCGAACUGCCUGUACUUUAAUGGACAGUGCAAGAGGAGGAAGAAGAGGAGGAAAAAGAGGAGGAUCAAGAAAAGGAAAUCGUGAUGAAAAUGACAGAGAUGUCCGUCUGUCUAAAUCCUUGUCUUAUGUACUGCGUCACGGAGCCAGUCGGAUGGGUCUUAAAAUGGGCACAGAUGGGUUCCUGUUUGUGGAAGAUCUCCUGGCUCACGCACAGUUCCGCUCAUACACAUUAGAGGACAUUGAGAGGGUUGUGACCACAAAUGAAAAACAGCGCUUUAAGCUCCGUUCCCAUCCUGAGGAAGGACUACUGCAGAUUCGGGCCAAUCAGGGUCAUUCAAUACAGGUUUCAGAUCUGGAGCUGAAACAAGUCCUGGUUGGUUCUCCAGACUGCCCUGCUGAGGCUGUGCAUGGCUCUUACCUCCGCAAUUGGAGCUCCAUUCAACAGGGGGGCCUGAGCCGCAUGCAGAGGACUCACAUCCACCUGGCAUCAGGCCUGCCAGGGGAGGAUGGCGUCAUCAGUGGCAUGAGGAAAAACUGUGAUCUAGCUGUGUUUGUUGAUGUUGCUAAAGCCCUUGCUGAUGGUAUUGAGUUCUUCUGGUCAGAGAAUGGCGUGUUGCUAACUGCUGGUGAUGCUGAGGGUAAACUUCUGCCUAAAUACUUUAUCCGAGCCCUCAGACUUAAACCUACACGAAGCAUUCUGCCAUUGCAGUAACAGCCGCAGAAGAUGCUGUUCUGUCAUUUGGUCACCGACUGACUCAUGCUUGCAUCUCGAGGGUUAUCUUAGUUACCUUGGUAACAGCUGUUUUGUAGCAACAUCCUGGUCAGAAG